UUCCAAUGCCCACCAUCCAUCAUCACCGAUCACAAAAUACUCAAAAAACUGCAAGUAAACAAAGAAAGAAAGAAAGAAAUGGUGAUGGUGUCUGUGAUGAAGCUGAUGGACAGGGUUCUGAUAGUGUUCUCUAUUACGUUUGCAGUGAUUGCACCCUUUGAUGCAGGUCUAUUGUUCCUCACUCCUAAUCUGGACCCCAACAACAACAAUAACUUGCUGGUUCAUCACCUCAAGCCUUUGUACGAAUUCAAGUUCGGGGAUUACUUGGCCACAAACAAGCCAGCUUUCUUUGUGGCUCUGGUGUGGUUGGAACUAGUGUUCCUCUGGCCUCUACAGCUUCUCAAUCUCUAUGGAAUUAUUCUCUCUCCCCACCCUUCUUGGCUCGGUCUCACUUUCUUGCUCUUUGGUGCCUCCUAUUGCACAGCUAUGUAUGCAAUAUUAGCAGAAGUGAUGUCACAUACAGUGUCGGACACACUAAUAAUGCUCUACCUCCUCUUCAUUGGUUGCGGUGUUUUAUCCAUUCUGCGUGGCCUGCUAACAGACUACUCUUCUGCUGCUGGUAAGACUACAAAAAUCAAUACGAAACAUGAAUCAAGUGGAAGCGGUAAAAAGAGGGCUGAAUCAAGUGGAAGCGGUAAAAAGAGGGCUUGAAGAAUUCCAUAAAAACUUUCAUCAACAUAUAUUGAAUUAAGUUGAGAAACUAGCAUUAUACGCAUUGAAAAAUGAAGUCAAUUUUCUGCUGAUAGCGGGCUGCUAUAUAUCAUUGAAUAAAUAUCACCAGGUUUUUUGUUUUUUUUUUCUUCACUAUUCGCGUGAAUACACGCUAUAAACGUCUUGUGUAGAUGUAAAACUUGAAUUAUUUUACACCAUAUUUGUGAUUUUAUUUUGGAGUUAAAAAAAUAGUGAUGUUUAUCUGGUGACAAAAA